CCUGCAUGACCUGCAUCGUGACAGCUUCAAUCCUCACCUGUGUAUAUACCGGAAGCUAACUGUACAUAUCUUGCAACAUGGGCAUACCAUCGCAGCCGGCGUCUAACGCCAUCAUCUACCUGACUCUCGGCGCAUUCCUAGUCUUGGGAUGCUUUAUCGCAUGGCGGUUGCGACACCAGUCGAAGACUGAGUGGUUGUCUAGCAAUUGUACACAGAAGGGCGUACCGCUCGCUCUUAACUUCAUCGCCUCGGCACUCGGCUCUGGUAUUCUCUUUACCUACCCGCAAAUUGCAACCAUCGCUGGUGUCCAAGGUCUCCUGGUCUACGCCCUCUCGUCGGCUCUCCCACUUCUGAUCUUCGGCGCCCUUGGCCCCAUCAUUCGCCGCAAGUGCCCUGAGGGUUUCGUCCUGACUGAAUGGACACGCCAGCGCUAUGGGGCAGUCGCAGGUCUCUUCCUGAGUAUCUGCACGCUCAUCACUAUGUUCCUGUACAUGGUCGCUGAGCUGUCCGCGCUCCAGCAGAUCGUCAACCUGCUUACUGGCCUGAACGGCCUCCCCGUUGUGAUCGUCGAGUGUGCAGUAACCACGAUCUACACAUCUCUCGGCGGUUUUAAGGUCUCCUUCGUGACGGACAACAUUCAAGGUGUCAUGGUCGUCGGCCUCAUUAUCCUCGGCGUGAUCGCAGUCGGUGUGGAGACAGACAUCCAGCGCCCUCUCAUCGAGCAGUCUGGAUACCUGAACUCCUCUCUGCUCGGAUGGCAGUUGCUGUAUAUCCUCCCCGUUGCCGUUCUUACCAACGACUUUUUCCUCUCCGGAUUCUGGAUGCGCACCUUCGCCUCGCGCACAGACAAGGACCUCUGGAUCGGCGUCUCCCUCGCCUCACUCGGUGUUCUCAUCAUCCUGACCCUCGUUGGUGUUACAGGCCUUCUGGCUGCAUGGAGCGGCGCAUGGGAUAUGACGGAUGAGGAGACUGGGUCUCUCUCCCUGUUUCUUUUGCUCGCGCAGCUGCCCAACUGGGUUGUCGGCGUGGUGCUCGUCAUGACUAUCUCCUUGUCCACCGCGGCUUUUGACUCCUUCCAGUCUGCAAUGAUCUCAACAGGCUCGAACGACUUCUUCCGCAACAAGCUCAACAUCUGGAUCAUCCGCGCCUGCGUUGUCGCCAUCAUCUUCCCGGUCGUCGUUGUCGCUCUUCGUAGCCCGGACAUCCUCCAGAUCUUCUUGAUCAGUGACUUGGUCAGUGCCGCAGUGGUUCCCUGUUUGGUCAUCGGACUGAGCGAAAAGUUCUACUGGUACCGCGGCUUUGACUUCGUCAUCGGUGGCCUGGGCGGAAUCUUCACCAUCUUCCUCUUCGGCCUAGUCUACUACGACGGCGACACCAGACUGGCCGGCCGCCUUCUUCUGCUCGAGGGUGGGCUGUACGCUAACGACUGGAGUGCAUUUGGUGCCUUCGUCGCGGCUCCUUUCGGCGGUCUCCUCUGGGCCUUCGGUGCAUGCGCCCUCCGCAUUUCGGCGCUCUGGAUCUGGGCCAAGGUCAAGGGCCAUCGCUUUGAUGCAUUGGAUCGCCCUGUUCCCCGCCAGGUCACCCAUCCCGGUGCGUUUGAUGCUGACGAGAACGCUACUGUGCUCGAGCACAGCGUCCAGACUGGCAAGAGCGGAAAGUUCUUCUAGAUCAAUCUACUGUAUGCACGGAAGUUGGAGGGUUCAGCAGCACGAGGUGAGAGAAGGCAUAUUAGCAGAUGUAAUGAAGUUGUCGGAAGAGGUAUGAUGUGGAAGGAGCAAGUAAUCGCGGAUAGAAGUGCGGAUAGUUGAGGAUCACUAUUGUAUAUCAGACUGCAGAUGUAUCUUGCGCAUCGAACAUAUCAAUCACGUUCGCUCUCUACACAUGUAGCUUGAUUAGACUGGCUUCAAACUUGUGUGACCGCUUUGAUG